GCGGGCGGGGCGGGAGAGGACAGCGAAGCAGGGAGAGUGGGGCGCGGGCAGCCCGGGCCGGGGGUCCCGUCUGCCGGCACUGGACGGACGGGCCGAGCCCGGAGCGCCGCCAUGGGCCCGGGGCCCCCGGCGGCCGGAGCGGGGGCGCCCCCGCGGCCGCUAUCCCUCGUUGCGCGGCUGAGCUACGCCGUGGGCCAUUUCCUCAACGACCUCUGCGCGUCCAUGUGGUUCACCUACCUGCUGCUCUACCUGCACUCGGUGCGCGCCUACAGCUCGCGCGGCGCCGGCCUGCUGCUGCUGCUCGGUCAGGUGGCCGACGGGCUGUGCACGCCCCUCGUGGGCUUCGAGGCUGACCGCGCCGCAGGCCGCUGCGCCCGCUUCGGCCCGCGCAAGGCCUGGCACCUGGUCGGCACUAUCUGCGUCCUGCUGUCCUUCCCCUUCAUCUUCAGCCCCUGCCUGGGCUGCAACGCCACCACGCCUGAGUGGGUUGCCCUCCUCUACUACGGGCCCUUCAUCGUGAUUUUCCAGUUCGGCUGGGCUGCUACACAGAUUGCCCACCUCAGCCUCAUCCCGGAGCUCGUCACCAACGACCACGAGAAGGUGGAGCUCACGGCUCUCAGGUACGCCUUCACCGUGGUGGCCAGCAUCACCGUCUAUGGGGCUGCCUGGCUUCUGCUCCACCUGCAGGGCUCUCCCCACAUGGGGUCCACCCAGGAUGUCUAUGACCAGCUGGGGGUCCAAGAUGUGCCGGUGUUCCGGAACCUCUCGCUGUUGGUGGUGGGCGUUGGAGCUGUCUUCUCACUGCUGUUCCACCUGGGCACCAGGGAGGGGCGCCGGCGGCAGGUGGAGGAGCCAGAUGAACACAGCCCUCUGUUGGCCCCUGCUACUGCCCGGCCCUUGCUGCUCUGGAAACACUGGCUUCGGGAGCCGGCCUUUUAUCAGGUAGGCUCGCUGUACAUGAGCACGAGGCUCAUUGUGAACCUGUCCCAGACAUACAUGGCCAUGUACCUCACCUACUCCCUCAACCUGCCUAAGAAGUUCAUCGCCACCAUCCCACUGGUGAUGUACCUCAGCGGCUUCCUCUCCUCCUUUCUUCUGAAGCCCGUCAACAAGUGCAUCGGGAGGAAUAUGACCUACUUUGUGGGCCUCCUGGUGAUCCUGGCCUUCGCAGCCUGGGUGGCACUGGCAGAUGAGCUGGGUGUGGCUGUGUAUGUGGUGGCUGUGCUGCUGGGCAUGGGCUGUGCCACCAUCCUCGUCACCUCGCUGGCCAUGACAGCUGACCUCAUCGGCCCCCACACGGUAGGGCCGCUGAGCCAGUCCGGGUUGGUGUUGGGGACCAGGGCCGAGGCCUGGGAUGCUGACCCCCUGCUCGUGCCCCCCCAGCACAGCGGAGCCUUCGUGUAUGGCGCCAUGAGCUUCUUGGACAAGGUGGCCAAUGGGCUGGCAGUCAUGGCCAUCCAGAGCCUGCACCCCUGCUCCUCAGAGCUCUGCUGCAAAGCCUGCGUGGCCUUCUACCACUGGGUGAUGGUGGCCGUGACGGGUGGCGUGGGCGUGGCCGCCACCCUGGCUCUGUGCAGUCUCCUGGUCUGGCCCGUCCGCCUUCGGAGCUGUGAGUUGCAGGCCCCGCCACCCCACAAAAGCCCCAAACCAGCCAUGGGUGUGUAGGUCUGGGCCAGGACAGGCCCCGCCCUCCCUAACCCCACUUCCACCCCCUUCUCUUGCAGGGCACCCUGGAGCCCAACCUUGACACCGCCCCAUGGUCCUUUACCCUUUGUAAAUUAACCGCGACUGUGAAUGCUCGCUGCCCUACAAGGCCUGCAGCGGCCCCUUUGCUGCUCUGAUCCCACUCCUGUGUCUGUCCCAUCCCUGCCUGGCUGUGGGGGGGUCAGGUGGGGCUUGGUGGGCGCGGUCAGGGUGGGCGGGAUACCAGCAGCUUCUCCCCGCUAGGGCGGGGACACCGAGCUAGGCCCUCUGGUAUUCAGGGGCUGGUGGGGUCCUUGUGGGUCUGGGGUACCCCAGUCCCGACUCUAACCCACCCCCAGCUGUCUGGAUGAUUCGGGGUGCCCUGUGUUGUGUGGGGGCCGGAUGUGAGGCUCCUGGGCGCUGGGCCUGCCCUGAGCUCAGCCCCGGCCAGCCUAGGGUCUCCUGGGUGCUACUACCGGGUGCCACCAGGCCCUGGAGGACAGAGCCAUUGCGGAGCCUGCCAGGAGCCCCAGCCUCAGGGUUAGGGGGCUGGGCCCAGACCCUGCCCGUGACGAUGGUGAGGCUCAGCAUGCCGGGGCCCCGAGUGCGGCUCCCUGCGCCCAGGCCACUGCUGACAGUGAGUAAAGAGCCGCCUGGGGCCAGGACUGUGCCUUGGCCUGGGGCCCGGGGUAGGGGGAGCCGAGGGCAGGAGAGGUCGUCUGUCUGACUCUGCCCUGGAGCUUGGUCACUAGGGUCCUGGUUCAGAGCUCCCUUCAUCUGGCUGCCUGACCUCCCCAGGCCCCAGCCCCAGAGGUGGACAGACGCCUUGGGGGAGAGGCGCCGGGUCCCUGAAGAGCCACACCGGGCAGCACGAGAUCUUUAUCAGUGACUGGGCGUGUAGACGAGCCGGGGCUGCUGGUUGGUGGAGGGGUAGCAGGGUUCCAGGUCCCACUGCCGGUAGUUCUGGGUGGUGUAGCGCGGGCGCUGGGGCGCCGACAGGUAUGGCCCGUAGUCAGACGCCUGCCACAGCGGCUUGACCCCGAAUUGGUGUCUGUGGAUCACUGGGGGGCCAGGACCCAGGUCACCGGCUGGCCCCGCCUCCUGGCCCCCAGCAUCUCACCGCCAGCCCCUGGGUCGCCUGCCCCUGGCCCAAGCUCACCGUACUCCUCGUCCCGGUUGGGUCUUUCCACAGCACGCUCCCGUACUGCGCGCGGGGGCCCCUGUACUGCGCAGGGAUGAUGGGGUCGUACCAGGCGGUCUCCCGGAGACGCUGGGUGUAGGCUGUGGGGUAGGGGUCAGGGGUCAUCUCUGCACCUGUGGGCCUCACCCUCCCCUCCAGGCAAGCCUGGUGUCAGGGAGGGCCGGGCUGGGCACUCACCCGAGGGCAUGCUGGGCAUGCUGCGCUCCGGGGGGGGGGGGGGGGGGGGGGGGCUGUGGCAUCCGUGCCUGCGGGCAUAAGCCUCGAAGUGCAGGCUGUCCAGAGCCCGAGGGAGCAUGUUCCAGGCUUCUCGAGAGUCCGAGUUGGUCAGGCCCGUGUACCACAGCUGGCCGGCCGCGUCGCGUCCCAUGGGUGUGUACUUCCAGCGCAUCUCCUGCUUGAUGGCCGGUGUCUGGCGGGGCCCCUCCUGGGACAGGUAGUCAUUGCUGAGGGCAGGGGUGGGAGGAGAGAGACUGAGUUUUCAGCCCCCCUGCCCUCCCCGGGCCUCUUCAUCCCCAUCACCAGCACUGAGGGUGCAGAAUGCAGAAGCCUGGCCCGAGGUGCGGGGGGCCUUGUCUGUCCUUCAGUACUGGACACCCUCCCACCUAGGCUGGCAGAGGGUGGAAGGCUGACCCCUUGUAGCCCCUCCUCUCUGCCACAUCCUCCCCAACCCCCAGGACCUCCUAAACAUUUCAUCUUUUCUUGCCUCUACUAAGUCCUUUGCCCAGCCUCCCAGACCUGCAGGCCCUUUCCUCCAGGAAGCCCCCCUGGCCUGGAGGUGCACCAGGAGGACGUGGUCUCAGCUAUGGCUCAGUGAGUGGCGCAGGUUUCACCGUCAUUGGUCUGGCCUGGGAGCUGUGGGUUGGGGACACUGGGAAAGUGUAUGGGGAGCCCAUUCUCCCAGGGAGACCUUCGGGGAACCCUUGUGCCAUCGCCACCCGCCCAGCUAUGGGGGCCAGCGGGGAGUGAAGGCAAGCUCACAUUUAAAGGAGAAACUAUUGCAGCUACACAGGAGUGCCUGUUCCAGGGGCCACUGUUGCCAGAGCCCGUCCCAGGCUGAAAGCAUCAGGAGGGCUCCCCUGAGGAGGUGGCAGUGAUGUGAGGAGACUCCCGCUUGUGCAAAGGCCCUGGGGCAGCAGGGAUGGUGUAAGGAACAGAGGCUGGCAGAGCAAAGAGGGAAGUGGAAAUAUGCUAACGAUGGCAAAAAUCAAACCUCAAUGAGAUACCAUCAAAACUAAAGCUAUCCUUCGGGAACACCCUCGCAGCACCACUGCCCAAGAGACAGACAUGGGCACGUGCUUUGACCUGACGAGCUUGCUCCAGGGAGAUGCCCUAGGGAAUGAGCCCAUGGCCCCAAGAUGGUCCAAGCAGGGCUGCUGAUAAAACGUUCUCCCCUGUGCCUGCUUGGAGUUCCCACUCCACACGGAAGACCAGAAACCCACGUGUUUCAUAAGAGGUGGGCUCGGCCUGGUCAGUUCUGGGAAGUGGCCGCAGGCUGCUUUGCCACUUGCAGGGAGAGGAGUUUGGGGACCGUCUGGCAGGCCCCACUCUUUUGAACUACAAAAUGAACCAAAACUACAAAAUGCACCUGGCUUGUAAAAAGGAAUUAAAACAGUCAAAAAUAACACACAAUGAAAAGCGAGUCUCUGUGUCAAUUACACCUCAAAAAAACUAGUAAAAGAACAUCGCGUUAUGGCUGAAAAACAUUUUUUUCUCCUAAUAAAUGAAUGCCUUUUUGACGUAGAAUCAAGAAAUCCAAUGGCAUUUAAAUAAAUAAAAGUACUGGAAAAAGCAGCGAGUCUCCCUGACCUAGCUGCCAGUCCCCUCCACCAGGGCCGCCACUCUUACUGGUUUCUGCUUCAUUCCAGAAGCAGCGUGUAGGCACCAGCCAUUCCAUCCCAUCACACGCCUGUGGGAACCUGCUUCUAUCGUGGUGGCAGUUUUUUUUUUACUUAAUUUUCUUGGAAAUGGAACAGCAGCAAAGGCACUGACUCGCCUUUCCUGUAAAGCAGCAUGGUGACCCAUUAUAGUUUAUUAACGCUUAUUAAUGGGUCCUCUAAUGGGUUGAACGUGUCCCCCCAGUUCAUGUCCACCCGGAAUCUCAGAACAUGACCUUACUUGGAAAUAGGGUCUUAGCAGAUGUAACUUAAGACAUAACUUAAGACAACAGGGUCAUGCCGGGUCAGGGAGGCCCUAAUGCGGAGCCCUGGUGAGGCUGGGGUAUCUACACGGUCAGGGGAGGUCACGAGACAAGGGACGCCACGGACUGCCAGCACCCCCAGAAGCCAGGAGGGACACGGGGCAGAUGUUACCUCAUGGCCUCAGAAGGCCCCAGCCCUGCUGACACCUUGGUCUUGGGGCUCCUGGCCCCCAGAGCUGGGAGAGGUAAAUUCUGUGCUCGAGGCCGCCCCCUUGUGGGGUUGUUCCAGCAGCGCAGGGCUCCCGGGAACCUAUCUGCUCUGCUGGCUGGCUGUGUGUGUGUCCUGCAUGCGUGAACCACCACUCCUGCCAGAUCCCAAGCCUGGUGCAGGUGGGUGGGGAGGGUGCAGGGAGCAGGUGCAGCACCCACAUACCUUUAUGGAGACUGAAAGACACUGGUGGGAAGCAAACCCAAAGAGGCAGUGCAGGGGCAGGACGUGCUCACCUGUAGAGAGAUGCCGGGAGGUUCACUUCCAGGGUCCCCCGGGGGACGUAGGGCCGGGCAGCCUCCUGCCUCAGGGUCUGCAUGUCUGCCUCUGGGUGCCCCGGGGGCUCCUGCCUCCAAGGCCUGCGGGGCCAUUGUUGACAGCUACAAAGGCAGCCCGGAGUCCUGGCAACAGCUGGGUCUGCUGGCCACCAUCCAGGCCACUGCCUCCCUCAGCUGAGGGGCCGAGCCGGGAAAGCAGAGGCUGGAGAAGGAGGCGGGCGCUCAUCUGGGUAGGGCCAACCUGGGGCUCAGCCCUCCCACCUCUUCUCUGCCCCCCAACACAGCCGCAUGGGGGCCUCCAAACCCAACGAAGCUUCUGAAUUUCCUUUCCACAACCUCAGCCCUACCCUUCCAGGUGCUCAGGCCAGCAGCCCUGCAGCCCCCAGGUCCUCCCUUCUCACCCCACCCCCGUCCAGUCCUCCAUCUGUUUCCAAAAUACGUCCAGCGCGAGAAUCUGCACACGCGUGUUCACAGUGGCACGAUCCACAACAGCCAAAGAGUGGAAGCAACCCAAAUGCCCACCAACCGCAGGACAGAAACCCAACACAGGGUCCCUCCACACACUGCAACGUUAGCCACGGAAAGGGGUGACGCGCUGACACAACCUGGAGAACACGAAGCUCAGUGAGAGAAGCCGGGCACAACAGUGUCUGAUUCCAUUGAUGGGAAACGUCCAGAACAGGCAAAUCCACAGACACAGAGGGUGGAUUCAUGGUUGUCAGGGGCUGGGAGGGGGAUGGGGGUGACUGAUAAUGGGGAUGGGGCUUCUUUUGGGGGUGAUGGAAUGUUCUGGAAUUAGAUGGUGGUAGCCAGCACAACAUAGUAAAUAUACUAAAACCCACAGGAUUGUACACCUUAAAAUGUUACACACAUUUUACUACACGUUAAAACAUUCACAAGAAAUCUGGAACCUGCCUGCCUUUCACCAUUUCCACCUGCUUGUGGCUGCAGUCCUGUCAUUGCCUGCCCGGGUAGGGCGUCCUCCCUGGUCGCUGCGCCCCUGCCCACCUGUUUCCAGGUCUCCACACCAAGGGGAAGGGUGGCCCUUCCCCUCUCUGCCCACAGCCCUCCAGGGUCCCGCCCUCCCUCCUGGGGUAACAGCCCAAGUCCUCCCCAAGGCCCUGCACGACCUGCCCUGUCUCCUCCCUGCCCUCCCCUCCUCCCUCUCUCCCCCUCGCUCACUCUGCUCCAGACACAGGGGCCUCCUGGCUGUUCCUCCAGCUCACCAGGCACAGUCCUGCCCCAGGGCCUUUGCAUGGGUCCACAGCCUGGAGCACCAGCUCUGCCCGGGUGUGUCCGUGCCCCCCUCAGGCCCUUGCUGACACGUCAGCCCUGGGCUCAAGCUGCCCUCUCCCAAGGCCCACGCCACCCUUCACACCGUGACGGCCACAUGCACUUACACUCUGUCGUCCACUCCCUGACAUACAGAAGCUCCUCAAGGGCAGGUCUGGGCUCUGGCCUCCCUUGUCCCCGGCUGCCCAGGAUGGGGAUCUUCCCGGGCUUGCGGGGAGGGCAUGGGGUGCGCCACCAGUUGUGGGCAGCUGCUCACUGCAGAGAGCCUCACCUCCUUUCCUUCUCAAGACCCCUGGGGCCCCUGGGCCCGCAGGCCCACCCAGUGUCACAACCCCUCUGGUCCAGGCUGCUUUCCUCCCUGGGGCCUCCUGGCCCUCCCCACGCAGAGGGUGCUGGGCCAGCAGUGUCCCUGCUGGCCCCGGAAGCCCAUCUGUCAGGCAGAGGUGCCGCCCCCUCUACCCCGGGCCAGGCCUCGCUAUGUGCUCAGACCACCAGCCCCGGGCCCACCCUCUACUUCCCAACAGAACCAGCCUGGCUGCAAGGACUGGCCUGGAUCACGGGGGCAUGAAUUCAAGGACCCCGGCGCCCCCUGCUGACCGCCUCUGAGUGGCCCCCGCAGCCUCUCCCCCAGAGCCAGCCACUCCCCACCGGUUUGUGACAUUCAGGCCGCUCUGGGGUCCCGGUGUGUGCAGACUCCAGAUGGAUCGAGAGACAGGCAGCCCCAGCUGGGCACGACGCACAUGGUUUAAUGACGGCGAUGCUGAAUUCCAGGAGGAGCGAGGUUCACCUGCGCCAGGCGUGCGGUAGACAAAGGACUGCUCUCUUAUUUAAAAAAAAACACAACAAAACUCAAACAAACAAAAAUAAAA